AUGGGAGUCAACGCGUUGGAUAUCGAAAGACAAAACUCUAAAUUUUUGCUUUCAGCUGGUGCUGACGCUUCCAUCUCUUUGUGGAAUCUUGACUCUACCCCUGACAGAGAACUUGGGUUUGAACCUACCGAAUUUGUACCCAGCCCAAAGUCGCAUAAAUAUGCCAUAUCAUCGAUAUCUUUCUACCCCGCAGAUCACGGUCUGUUCAUCACCUCAUCCUUUGACAAGACUGUCAAAGCAUGGGAUACAAAUGCCAUGGAAUAUGUCACCGAGUUCAAUUUAGAAGAAAUCGUCUAUUCAGCAGUCAUGGCCCCCAAAUCCUUUCAUACAAUGGUUGCAGUCUCCUCUCAGUUCCCUGCUGUGAGGCUUCUCGACCUAAAUACCGGCGGAAACAUACAUUCGUUAGUGGGGCAUAUCGGUGCUGGAACUCUUGGAAUAAAUUGGUCGCCGAGGGAUGAAUAUAUCCUGGCCUCCGGUGGGACGGAUGGAACAGUCCGACUAUGGGACAUCAGGCGGGCUGCAAGCUGUCUAGCAUGUCUUGAUAAGACCAAUUCGGGUUCUUAUAAGGUUGACGGCAAGAACCUGGCGCACGACGGCCCUGUGAAUGGUGUUAGUUGGAGUGAGGACGGGGCGCAACUGGUAACAUUAGGGCAUGAUGACACGAUGCGAGUUUGGAGAAUGUCAACUGGGGAAAACAUAAUGACUAAAUUCGAAGCUCCAAUACGUAACCGCCGUAACCAGACAGUAAAUCCUAUUCUCACCCCAUUGCAAAUUUCUGACCCCCAGCUUGUCUUCACAUCCUCUAAUUCCUCAAUACUGGGGUUCAACUUGAACAAAGGCGUAUUAGUCAAGCGCUUAAAGAUACCGCGAACCAGUACUAUCAACGCUCUUGUGCAGAGGCCUGGUCAUCUGGAUAUAUAUUCCGCCACCACAGAGGGCAAAAUCAUUGCAUGGGUACCUGGAACUCAAUCAAACCAAGAAAAUGCAGCUGUUGCAAACGAAAAGCAGAACCCCCUUGAUUCAAUCUAUCAUUCCCUGACAAGAACGCCAAUGACCUUUACCUAA